UUGUUUGUUUUGAUGCGUUGUAAUUGUCAAAAAAUAGCAAGAUGGCAGCGUCAAGGCGAUUACAAAAGGAAUUAUCAGACCUAAGGGCGUCCGGACUGAAAGCCUUCAGAGACAUUGUUGUGGAUGAAACGAAUAUCCUCGUAUGGACAGGAUUAAUUGUUCCGGACAACCCACCAUACAAUAAAGGUGCCUUUCGAAUUGAGAUCAACUUUCCGGCAGAGUAUCCGUUUAAACCACCAAAAAUCAGCUUUAAGACCAGAAUCUAUCAUCCGAAUAUCGAUGAAAAGGGCCAGGUGUGUUUGCCGAUAAUCAGUGCGGAAAAUUGGAAGCCAGCCACGAAAACUGAUCAAGUAAUUCAGGCCCUAAUUGCCCUUGUGAAUGAUCCGGAACCAGAGCACCCACUGAGGGCGGAUCUGGCUGGCGAGUAUCUCAAUGAUCGGAAAAAAUUCAUGAAGAAUGCUGAAGAUUUUACGCGGAAAAAUAGCGAAAAACGACCAACUGGAUCGGAUUAAUUUUCCCCCAUGCUGCCCCACCCCAAAUGGCAACCCCCCCCCCCCUCUACCCACUCCUCCUCCUCCCACAGGAGUGUAUCCCCUUCCUGGCAUUUUCUCUCCAAGCAGUAAGCAGCAACAAACCUCCCAUAUUGGAAUUACUUUUAUCCUUUAAUUUAUUCUUAUAGGAUUUUUUCUCUCCAUCCCCCACGCACGCCCGUGCCAAGCAAUUUUUUUUCUUGGGGGAAAGAGAUAUGUUUGUAUUUUUUUUCUAUAUUAAUUCCCCGCGUUUCUGAGUCAGAGAGAGAAAGAGAAAAUAUUUUUGAAUUCAAAAAUAUAUUUUAUAGAAGGAGCAAAGAUAGAGAGAAGUAAAAUGAAAAUGAUAAAACUUGUACACAGUUGUAGAAUAAAGUAAUAUUAAAGUUUAGUGUGGCGGAUGGAAGGCAUAAUUAGUAAAAAAAAUCACGCUGAAAUGGCGAAUAAAAAUUGUAAUCUUAACGUGAUUUCUUUUCAACCUUGAGAGAGGAUUAGGGCUUAGAAGAAAAAAAAAACAUUUCCAUAUGUACGUCUGGAAUGUAUGCCCCCCGCAUGUGGGGGCCCCCAAAGAAUCCACAGAGAAUGCAUUUAUUUGUGAACAAAAGAUGCGAGAAAAACUAGCAAAAUUUUUAAAUGUGAAAAAUGUCCCAAAAUUUCAUGGCAAAGAAUCAUUUUUUGGCUAAAUUAUUUAAUAAAUCAUCUCUCAAAUAAAUUAGUUGAACAAUUUAU